GGAGCGUUGUGCUUUCCUGGUAAGAAUUCGUCCCGCAAUAACAAUUAACUGAAACAUUAUUACAUAAUAUGCAGCCUCAAAGACGCCUUCACAAACUAGAGGUCGCUGAUGAAGAUGCUUGCACUGAAUGGCUCGGCAAUACGUUCAGCAUGGAUCAAGAUUGGAAACCUGGCGAUCUGAUCUUCGCCAAGAUGAAGGGUUAUCCACACUGGCCUGCCAGAAUUGAUGAAGUCCCAGACGGUGCUGUGAAGCCAUCCAACAUCAAGUUCCCCAUCUUCUUCUUUGGCACCCAUGAAACAGCGUUUCUUGGCCCGAAAGACAUCUUUCCGUACCAGCUGAAUAAAGAGAAGUACGCCAAGCCCAACAAGCGGAAAGGCUUCAAUGAAGGAUUGUGGGAGAUUGAGAACAACCCAAAAGUUGAGCUCACUGCACCAAAGCCGGUCGCCCCGGAUUCUUUCAACGACAAGGACUCGGACAGCAGCCCAGAGGGAGAAGAAGAAGAAGCAGCAGAUGAGAAGGAAAUCAAACCCAAAGUUCCAGGAAGUGAGGCUGAGCAGGAUGAUGAGAAUGAGGAGGAGGUGGAGGAGGAGGAGGAAGGGUCUCUGAUCUCUGAGCAGGGUCUUCAGAACCAGGAUGACUCUGCACAGAAAGAAGCUACAGAUGUUCCUAAACCCAAGAGAGGGAGAAAGAAAAAGAAUGAUACUGGGCAGGAGGCUGAAAAGCACGAUGCUCCUGUCAGUCCUUCAGGUGCAGAAGGUCCCAAACGAAGAGGCAGGAAACCAAAGAGUGAGAAGUUAAUGUUGCUUCAGCAGCAGCAGGACCAGCAAGGCUCAGGAAGUGAAAUGGACACCGCUGAGUCUGAAAGGAAAAGAAAGAGGGCGGCAGAGGACAAGUCCAAGAGCGGCGACGAGGAGAAGAGAAAGAAGGAGGACGGCAAAGGAAAGGAAGCGGAGGGGAAAGAGCCCGAAGCCAAGAAGAAGAAGAAGGACGACAGCUCCUCGGGCUCUGACGAUGAAGAGAAAAACAAAGGCCGAAAGAAACCCCAAAACUCCGAAACGGACAAAGACGGACGGCGGCGGAAAGCCGAGGACUUGAGGGAGCCAAACAAAGAUGACGGGAAGAAAAAUGACGAGAGGACAGGAGGCAAAAAAAAGGAACUGUCCACUGACCUGAAGCUCCAGAGGCUGCACAGCGAGAUCAAGAUUUCCCUGAAAAUAGACAACCCUGACAUGAAGAAGUGCCUGGACGCGCUGGAUGACAUCGGCUCCCUUCAAGUAACCACGCAGCACCUGCAGAAACACAGCGAACUGAUAGCGACCCUCAAGAAGAUCCGCAGAUUCAAGGCCAGCCAGGACAUCAUGGACAAGGCCACCAUGUUGUACAACAAGUUCAAGAGCAUGUUCCUGGUCGGAGAGGGCGACUGUGCGCUCAGCCAGGUGCUCAACAAGUCUCUCGCCGAGCAACGGCAGCACGAGGACGCCAAGAAAGGAGCGCUGAAGAGAGGGGAGCAAGCCAAGGAAAACAACUCUGACAAGAUGACAAAUGGUGAUAUCAGCCCUGAAGAUAAGAGGCAGGAGCCAGAGAGAGAGAGACUUCUGGAGGAGCCCUCGGUGGGAGAGAGUCACAGUGCCACAAAAGCUCAGGAGGAAUCCACUUGAAUUUCCUACCUGCCUGUAGAGAAGACGUCUGCUGCUUUGUCCGGACUGAGCGGACCAACCUUCGACGACUGGGAGGGAUCACUGGUUUCCUGUUUUAGCGGCGUGUGUCCGUCAGUGUUGCUGCUUAAUGGUUUCAGUCCAUCGAACCCUUCCACUCCAGAGAUAGACUGACUGCAUAUUUUAGGUUUUUUACUUUGUGUAACCUUUAAACCUUUUUAAAAGGAACCUGUCUCGCCUGUUGAGUUUGAGUAAUGACUGUUUGAGGAGGGAGAACGUGUAGAUCUGCAGCACCUUGACCUUUUAGAUUCUAAUGAGCACCCUCAGAGACGGGAUUCGGACCGUCUGGUUGUAUUUUUCAGUAACUGCUUCUCAUGUACUCAAUCGUUGCAUUUAAAUAGUCUGACGUUGACUUAAUCAAGUUUGUUCUCAACUUCACUUACCAUGUUUUGAAGUAAACGUUGUUAGAGUUUCAGUGUCGUGUUUAACAUUUGAAAAGAUUCACAACAAAAUGCCAGUUUGCCAAAGUUUAUUUCACCACGUUGGCUCAAAUAUGUUCACGUGUCCUGUUUUAAAAGUUUAAUUUUUAAUCUAGAUGUAAAUAAGAUUAUUUUUGUUCCUGUCUUUCGGCAUCCAAUAAAAAAAGUAGUACAUA